AUGCGGAGAUGCUUUAUUAGUCGCCAUGGUAGGUUAAAGUUUCCGCUUGGCAAAAGUCAUCUUGUCGUUGGACAUGAUCUUGGCCCAUUAAUUUCUAGUAAUGAGUUAUACUAUGAUCCACCAAAAUUACGUCACCGCCUUGAUAAGGAUGGAUACUUAUAUUUUAAAAAUGUUAUUCCCCGCACAAGUGUUAAUACAGCAUUAGAUGAUUUGGCUAAUCAAAUGUUAAACUGUGGUUGGACACGUCCAGAAGAUAGAGAAGCACAAAUGGCUCGUGAUGGGGUUUUAUUGGGAGUACCUUAUCCCUCCACAGGUGAAUUGCCACCUCCGCAGAUUACAUACACAAAUUCUCUUCGCACUGCUGUUAGUGGAACUACCGUAAUGGCACUCGUUCGUCAAGUCUUUGGUGGAGCGGUGUGUGUAUCGGAUGUUCAAUCACUGCAUCUCGCAGCCCCAGAUGAGUCCUUUGGACUUCGCAUGUCAAGUGUUUAUAUGAAUAAGGGAACAAAACUGGCUCUGGUAGCGCUUGUUCCCUUACAUGAUAUUCCUCUUCACAUGGGUACACCAGUGGUGGUAAAAGGAAGUAAUUCUACAGACUCAUAUGCAGCUUUACGAAAAACUUAUGGUCAACAUGAAGUAGAAAGUGGUAAUAUUAGAGGUGAUGGUUGUUAUACACAUGAUCCACAGGAGUUAUUACCAUUUGGUAAACAAUUGGCUAGUGAUGAGGUAACAGGUAGAAGUGUUACCAUUGAUGUAAACCCAUUUCUUACCGUUUCAUUUGAAGCAGGAGAUGUCUUACUCAUGACUGUGUAUACUAUGCAUAGUUUCUUAACAAACAACAGUAAUUAUUGGCGUAUAAUGGCAGAGGCUGUUUGGACAAUGGAAGGAGAUGAUGUUGGGCCUGAUCCACGGUAUGUGGGUACAAAUGCGGCUGGAUUAAGUGGAUGGUACGCUGAUCGUGAUGAUCCAGUGAAAUACCCACGAACAAUGAAUGAGGCAAAGAAAGAUUGGGGACUUUUACCGGAUAUUCCACGUGAGUAA